UUUCUCUUAUCACUCCCUUUCCUUUUCCUCGAGGCGGGCGGCCGACAUGGCGGUGAAGGCGCUGAACCCCAAGGCCGAGGUGGCGAGGGCCCAGGCGGCUCUGGCCGUCAACAUCAGCGCGGCGCGGGGCCUGCAGGACGUGCUCAGGACCAACCUCGGCCCUAAAGGAACCAUGAAGAUGCUUGUGUCUGGUGCUGGAGAUAUCAAACUUACCAAAGAUGGCAACGUCUUGCUUCACGAGAUGCAAAUCCAGCACCCGACGGCCUCCUUGAUUGCCAAAGUAGCAACAGCGCAGGAUGACAUCACUGGCGACGGGACAACUUCCAAUGUUCUCAUCAUUGGGGAAAUGCUCAAGCAGGCAGAUCUCUACAUUUCAGAGGGUUUGCACCCUCGAAUAGUCACGGAAGGGUUUGAAGCUGCCAAGGAAAAAGCCCUCCAGGUCUUGGAGCAAGUCAAAGUGGUCAAGGAAAUGGACCGGGAGACUCUCCUGGACGUGGCCCGGACCUCCCUCCGCACGAAGGUCCAUGCUGAGCUUGCCGAUAUCCUUACAGAGGCCGUCGUAGAUGCCAUUUUGGCCAUCAGAAAACCAGAAGAACCAAUAGACCUGUACAUGGUGGAGAUAAUGGAGAUGAAGCACAAAUCUGAAACAGACACAGCGCUGAUCAGGGGACUUGUCUUGGAUCACGGCGCUCGCCAUCCAGACAUGAAGAAGAGAGCUGAAGAUGCUUACAUUCUCACUUGCAAUGUAUCACUAGAAUAUGAAAAAACAGAGGUGAAUUCUGGAUUUUUCUAUAAAAGCGCAGAAGAAAGAGAGAAGCUAGUUAAAGCGGAACGGAAGUUCAUUGAAGAUAGAGUGAAGAAAAUAAUAGACCUGAAAAGAACUGUGGUUGGAGAGACAAAUAAAGGUUUUGUAGUAAUCAACCAAAAGGGGAUUGACCCUUUUUCCCUAGAUGCUCUCGCAAAAGAAGGAAUCGUCGCUUUGCGCCGAGCAAAACGAAGGAACAUGGAGAGGUUGACCCUUGCUUGUGGAGGCGUUGCUAUGAAUUCUGUGGACGACCUCUCUGUGGACUGCCUGGGACAUGCAGGACUCGUCUACGAAUACACACUGGGUGAGGAGAAGUUCACAUUCAUUGAAAAGUGCGACAACCCUCGUUCUGUGACGCUGUUGAUCAAGGGGCCGAAUAAGCACACGCUGACACAAAUCAAGGAUGCCGUCCGGGAUGGAUUACGUGCUGUCAAAAAUGCCAUUGAGGAUGGAUGUGUGGUCCCAGGUGCCGGAGCCGUGGAGGUGGCUAUAGCAGAUGCCCUCGUGAAGCAUAAGCCCAGUGUGAAAGGAAGAGCCCAGCUGGGAGUCCAAGCUUUUGCUGAUGCUCUGCUUAUCAUUCCAAAGGUACUUGCUCAGAACUCUGGCUAUGAUCCCCAAGAAACGCUUGUGAAAGUUCAGGCUGAGUAUGCAGAGUCCGGGCAGCUGACUGGUGUGGACCUCAACUCUGGUGAGCCAAUGUUGGCGGCUGCAGCUGGAGUUUGGGAUAAUUACAAUGUUAAAAAGCAGCUGCUUCAUUCAAGCACCGUCAUUGCAAGCAACAUUCUCUUGGUUGAUGAAAUUAUGCGUGCUGGGAUGUCUUCACUCAAAGGCUGAGCUGAAAAGCUGGCUUGAGGGCAGAGUGUGUCUCUAACAAGCAGCCUCCGAAACAAGUUCAAGAUGUCCCCCUGUAUCCCUCCCUGCACAAUUUAGGUGGAUUUUCAGGCCAGCACGAGGAAUUGGAGCUCUGCCUUUGGGAAAUUCUGGCCACUCACAGAUGAAAAUUGUUAGCUUCUGUUACUAUUUAUUUUUUACAUGCACUGACUGACUUAAUACAUCUGAAGUUACUGUCUUUCUACCCAAUAAACAGUUCUGCUCUCUGCUU